GUUUCGCUAAAGAAGGGAGAGUAUGAGAGAGAGUGUGCUGAACAACAAUGUGACCAAACAAUUUCAAAGGGAAACAAAAUUCCCAAUUAGAGUUAAAAUGCGGCAUAACAGUUAAAAGAGGGUUCAUCAUACAAUGAACCCCCAACAUACUAGAGUGCGCGCACACACACUCACUCACACAGAUAAAGAAAAACGUAAACAAACCACACACGCACACACACUCAUACAAAGAGACUGACAACUGGCCGGUAGACAACAAUGGAAAAGUAUCUGAAAGAUACUUCACUGACGAUGAACACGAACCGCACCACUAUACGACCAUCAUCGGUGUAUUGUUUAGUUUGAACUGUUUAGUUAUUGACGAGAACUUGAGCCGGUUGGUUGUCAAGCCAUUUAACGAAUGAAGUAGAAGCCGUUGCUACACAACCCAAAAUAAAAAUAAAAGAAUUAUUUUCUUUUGAGUUGAAAAAUUAUUUACAUAUUUUGUUGUUAUUGUGAGUGCGCUGUUGUGUUUUGUUUUUUUUUGUUUUGUAAACAAAGAAAAGAUAAAUUAAAUGUCGAAUUGUGCAAAAUUGCAAUUUUGUUGCGUAAAGAGGCAAAUAUUCUGCGGAAUAAUCCAGGUGUAACAAUAAUAAGUGAAAAACGUGUUGCGAAGUAACCGCGUUAAUGGUGAAAUAAAAAAAAAAAGUGGUGGUUAAAUUGAAUUCUGGAACCACUGAAAACCCAAGAUUGAAAUUAAUGUUUGUCUCGCUAUUGGGGUUGAUGGUUAGAUCAAGGUGAUAAAGCAAAAACAAAAACCAACGUGGUCUAACUGUUCCGAGACAAAAAUUAAGGAAUGUAAUAUACACCACAUGCAAUAAAGCAAAAAUUGUCAUACACUUUUUUUGCCAUUAAUAUGUAUUUAUCAAUUUGUUAUCAUUUUGAAUUGUGACAAAGAUAUUUCGCAAAUUUUAAUUUAAACGAAAGCAGAAACCCAACAAAAAAUUAAAAAAAAACACACGGGUUUUUACCAAUUCUGUGUCAUUUUCGAAAGAAAGCCAACUCUGCAACAACGUCAACGGAACCAGCACCGAACAACAGCCCGAACCGUUAUCAGUUCAAAUAGUACUUGUGUAGCACAGAGAAGAGACAAAUAUACACAAACGUACAUGAACAUUUAAACAGCAAUCAUCAAGGUAAUUGUCACUUUGUUUUUGUGGUAACGACAGUUUGAAGAAACUCAAUAUUGUUAAAGUUUCCUCGUCAUUAUAUGCCACCGCUGGCCAACCUGGAACCCCAUCCGAACAUUCAAUGCAACUGCACGUAAAAACCAACUACAAAACUUCUUCAUUAGCUCUAUCCCACCCUUCAACAACUAUACUAUCUCCCAAAAUAAACUUCACAUCUCUCGAAAAAUGUCAGAACCACUUAGUAAUGAUGUCAGCACCGAAUCCUUGUGUACAGUAAUAGAAACGAGCAGCAACGAAUAUUUAUCCAACAAAUUCAACAAAGAUCCCAUUAAAUGUGUCUCACUGGAAUCGCUCGAUACCAAUCGGAUAUCACCAACAAGUAAUAAUCUCAAAACGAAUGGUUGUCUACGCAAUUCCUUAGACGAAAGCUGUGAUACGGACACUACCGAAAAGUCCAUAAAUAACGCCACUACCGAAGAAGAGGGUGACGGUGGGUUGGAGAAGAAACCCAAGACGAAAUUGAAAAAAUCCGUAUCAUUCGAUCCAAAUGAUGAGAAAAUAAAGAAAUUCAUUGCCGGCGAACCGAUAGUUGAUCAACAGAAUCCUUUCAAGUCCAAUGGCUAUUUGAGCACUACGAAUGGUGGCAGUUCAAAGAGAAAAGAUAAGAAAACUCCACCACCAGUACCGGCAAAACGCUCCACACUAAGUGUUCGCAAAACCGUAACUCAACAACUAAGGGAACGGGAACGUGAAAAAGAAAAGGAGAGAGAACGUCAAAAGAACGAGACCAACAAUCGCAAAAGUAAUGGCAUUAUAAAAUCUCCCUCGGAUGAGUUUGUCACCACAGAAGAGGUCCUGAAACAAUCGAAAUACGUUAAGACCUACAUAAAGAAUCCGGAUCCAUAUUUUGUCUACGAUCCCACGGUAUUAGCUCGUUUGAAAUUUGAAGAGCUGCGAGAUUUAGCUUUGAAGAAGCCACCAAAGAGAAUUGUCACCCAAAAUACGCCACAGCCCCAGCCAAGGGAACGUCUCAAGGAAUUGAAAAAUCGCCAAAACGAGAGCAAGCCCUCGAAACCACCAAUAACAUUUAAGAAGUGCUCGAAACCCAACUACCCCGAGUUAUCCGAUUUGAAAAUUAAAACUGGUACUGUCCUAGAAGAUAGCCUGUAUAAUCCCCUCGAGGUAACCAAGAAUGCCAAGAAGUUUGAUGAGAGGGUAAAAAAACUGCACAUAUCUUCAGAUGACGAUUUGGAUGAAAUUGAAGAACCUCUAACGAAAAGUGAAUCCAGUGAUGAUAAUAAUAUGAGUGGAACACAACAAGAAGAAACCGGAAAAAUGCCACAAAGUGGAAAUAACAAUGGUGCGGCAGAUCCUUGCGUUAGUAGUCGGGAACCAUCACCAUCACCACCGCCCACCGGUACCUUUACCAAUACCAUCAAAUCGAAAGAAUUUCAAGAAUAUCUCGAAAAGAAAGGUUUAACUUUAAUACCCAAAAAGAUACCCAAUGGCGCCCAACCAAUGUAUGGCAAAAAAUCUCCAACCAGUGGGGGUACCAUCAAACAGAUAAGCUUUAAGGCAGAACCUGAACGUAUCCAGUUCAGCAGCAGCGGCGGCGGCUCAGAUAGUGUGGAUGCUGCCGGCCGCAAUAAACCUUCAGUAUUUCAGAGGCUUUUGGCCAACAGUAUUUUUGCUUCGCGACGCAAGACAACGCCCAAAGAACCGGUUCCUAUAAUCAAACCUUCAUAUGAUGGCAACCAGGAAAAUGGCUCACUGAAACCCAUCAAAAGGGUUGUACUCGAACGUCAAAGUUUCCAUGGCCGACCAAAGGCUGGCAAUCUGCUGAGUCCAGCUGAGGCCCUAGAAUUGAAACAACAAUUGGAGAGAUCUCGUAAAAGCUAUGCCAGUGGUGAUGAUAUCUCUCUAUCGAUCUCAAGUGCUCUGGCAAAUGCCGAACAUCAAAAUGGUAAUGAGAAUCUCACAAAUUCCAUCAAAUCCAAUACCAUAGGUACUCCGGGGCUGAGAAGAAAGGAGCUGCAAGGUAAAUCAAUAACCAAACCACCAAGGAGAACAUUGUCGCGCGAAAGAAUUACAAAAUAUGAGCCACCAAAAAUGAUGCUGAGCGAGAGACCCACAAAUGUUAACAAUAAUCUCUACACCUUGGCACGUGAACCAGCUUCUGCUGCAACGGCUCGGGAAAAGAACGACACAAGUUUCCGCAGAACCAUUGAUCGUCAGAGUAUGAUUCCGAAACGUACAACUCAGCCGCAGGAUAGGCAACAGAUAUUUGGUAGAUCUUCAUCAAUGGAUCGUAAUGAAAUAUUGAAGAGAAAUGCUAAUCAUGGCGCCCAAUCACAACAGCCGGCGAAUCAACAACAAAGGUCUAAUAGUGUUACAGGAGAAACUUUACUGGCACCUAUUACCACACGUUCGGGAGAUAAUGUACAGGAGACAACAUUCCCCGUCAAUGAUGGUCCACCCAUUACCUCUACACCCAAACGUGGAGGAGAGAGCGGAGGUGGCAACCCUUCCACCAGCAUUAAUACGAAAAAUAUUUCACCAAUAUCUUCAAUACCCAAAAAGGCAUCCCAGCUGGGUGUCUAUGUCGAUCAACAGGAAUGGGAACGUCUACGAGCUAUCAAGGAGCAAACUGAUCGGGAGCUAUACUAUCGUGUCAUGCAGCAACAACAGAAAUUGCAACAGCAGCAACAACAAGAUCAGCAGCAAGAUAAUGCGAAAUUCAAGGAUCAACAGAAUAUUGUAAUGAGCUCGCCUUCUCACAAUCCGACCAAGUCAUCUCAAAAUUUGGAAAAUAUCUAUGAACACUUGCCCGGUGGCAGUCAAGUUCGUUUGGCUGCCGGACAAGAUGGACAAUUUACCCGGGGAUCUCCGCAACGCAACACAUUUUCAGGGGUAAUACGUUCCAAUGCCAAUCGCCAGGUGAAAAUUAUUGAUGGCAAACCCGUUGUGGCGCCCGAGGCCAGGUUAAAUAAUAAGUCCGGUCAGAAUUCCAUGCCACGCUGUCAAAGUGUUUUGGGUAAUGUCACUGCCAGGGGUUAUGAAAGUGAAACUCCUGAGACUCCAGUGGUGCUUCGACGUAAAGCCGAGGGCAAUCAACAAACCACCACAACCAGACGCAUUGGUGGCCUUUUGACGAGAGAAGAGAUCUUGCAGAAAAUCAAGGAAUUUUGUCGCAAGUCCUUGAAUAAAACGCCAACUAAUCAGCAGCCAGCACAGCUACAGGCCAUCUACGAGAAACAACCAACAGCCACUGAUCUCUCUCCGGUAUCCUAUGUCUCCGUGGAGACACAUCAACGACCUGGGUCUCGUAUGUACGCCGCUCCCCAGGUGCCACAACGCAUGCACAGCUUACCAGCCCCAGCUCCGGGACAUUUUGUUCCCAUUGCCCAAGAAAUUGUAACCGAUCCCAACACCAAUUCACCCAUUUAUGCCCAUGUCGUGAAGAGAGGUAGCCUACAGUCCAACCAAUCGGAAUUGUAUGAAAUACCUCAUCGCACAGCUAUGGUGGCCACAACGGCCCAACCAACACAAUACAUAAUUCGACGGGAACCGGAGCUGAAACCUGUCUACAUACGUCCAGCUGGAACUUUGCAAAGACCUGAAAGUGCCUUUUCUCCAGCUCCCACACAAUACAUAUUGGUCGAUGGUGAAAAAUUACAGCCAGCACAAAUAAUUACAGCUUAUCAACCGGCCACUGAGCUGUAUGCCCAACCUCAAUAUGUUCGACCUCAUCAGCUACAGAGCAUGCCCGGUGCAGCAAGUUAUGGCUACAUAACUGUACGCGAACCCAUUUCCAUACAACCGCAAAUAAUACGACCCCGUUUGCACGACGGACGUAGUACUCCAUUGAUACUUGAUCGCUCAAGUCAACAAGUGAGUCAAAUCUACUGGACACCGCAACAUCAGAGGCUGCAGCAGCAGGCGGGACUAUUAACUGAUCAAAUUAGUCCACGUUACGCUCUCAAGCAGUCAUCGGCAGUGAUGAUGACGUCGGCGGCAGGUCCAUUGCAACAACAACAACAAUUUCAAAAUCGUGCUACAACUCCUAUAAUAAUGCAACAGCAUCAACCAUCUCAACUUUCACCCCAUCUGCAAAACAUUCCAUCGCAGCAGCAACAACAACGGCAUUAUUCUGCAUCUCCUCUGAUUAGGGAAUCAACUCCCCACAAGCCGCAACAGCCACAAAUUCAAGAACUAACCAACAAUUCCAUCUCAAAUGCCCGACAAAGUCCAGCAUUCGAUUGGGAGAGUGGUUCGGAGGCCGGUGAGGUGCAGCGCAUCAUGGAAAAGCAACAACAACACGACCAACACAAAAACGGUGAGUUAAAACGUGCAACACUCUUAAGGAAUUUCAGGCUGAGAAUGGCAAACUUACUUACGGGCAAAACUAGAAAAUAGUAAUCUCUACUCCAUCUUUCCUUCUCCCAAUUAAUUAGCAAAACUAAUCAUGUUUUUGUGUGUUUUUGGGAAUUAAAACUAUAACAACAAGUGCUAUGCUUAGUUUAUUUAAGUCAAACUUAACCUAAAAAAAACAGAAAAAAACUGGGAAACACUAACACGAAUAUCUAUUUAAGGCAUGUUGUAUUUUAAAAAUUUAGCUUUUUUAAGUUUAUAUUUAGAUUUUGGUAAUACAUUAUGUGAAAUUAACAAAACAAAAACGACAUGUAGAUGUUUGUUACUUUAACACAAGAAAAAAAAAUACAAACAGUUAUAAACAUGGUUGUAAUUGGAAAAUAAAGUUGGCAAAAUAAUAAAGAAC